AUGGCGGAUAAUAAAGAGAAGCGCCGGUCCGCUGUUAUUCCUCCAGCCCUGGCCGACAGCAAAACGGCCAAAUGCGACAGCGACCGAGAGUUCCUGGCGCAGGCCGACGUGAGCGAGCUGCUGCGGGGCGCGAUCCUCAAGAUGGUGGAGGUGAGAACAGACGACCCCAUCGGCUUCUUGGCGGACCACUUCUGCAACCUGGCCUCUGUGAGCGAGGCUGGGACCGGGGGCAGCGAGGCGGACGAGAUGAACAACGGGACACUGGGAGGACGCGCGCACGAGCAGCAGAGACUCAACCGCGCGCUCUGGCACCUGCGUUUGGCGCACCACUCGCACAGAUCAGCCUUCAGCAACAAUGUCCGUGUGGCUUACGACCUCCUGAAUGAGCCCUCUCCCCCGCCCUGUCCACCUGACCUCCAGAUGAAUGAUACAGAGGGCCCCAACUCUGUGAGCGCCCCAGGCUCAGAUGGAGACGGAGGGGGUGUCCGGGGGGGUCUGUACACACAAACCCUCGAGUGCCUGUGCAGCGAGGGUGGGGUUCCCGCCUCCACCUCUGCCCCUCUCCUCCGCCGUCUUCACUGCCAGGACCACGAGGCUGUGCCCUACGAUGUGUUUCGGCACGGCGUGCUCACGUGUGCCGUGUUCUCCGACUACAUCCGCCAAGCUCAGAGGCUGUACGCUGAGGUGUGCUGCCCAGACGACGGGCCUGUCUCUCGGGCACUGGGCAUGGCGGUGAUAGGGACUCUGAAAGAUGCACUGGAGAUGUCGCAAGGCAGUGAAGUUAAAUGUGGUGCGAAUGCAAACACUAAAAGCAGCUCAUGUCCAGAAGCCAAUGUUAAAGCUCUACGGUAUUUAGAGGCCAGCGCCAAGCUGUCUCCAGACCAGUUAGCUCAGGCCAUGGCCAAUGCCCAGAGCAGAGGCCCUGGGGGAAGUAUGGACGCCAAGGAGUUUGAGAAUGCAGCGGCCGAAGUGUUUAUAACCAGGGUCAAAGUUUUGUCAUAGAGUUUACUCUGUUACUAUGUAAAAGAGGUAAAAUAACACUUAGAGCCAUCACUCCCUUUAACCACUUUACACGUAUACAGGCUACAGUUUGGUUGCCUGUGUUGUUAUAGGGAUUGCAAAGCAAACAAGUUACUUGGUAAUUUAGUGAGAAGUCUACUUCAGUGUAGCCCACUGUAGCCUAUCUCCUUCCUGUCACAUCACUGAGACUUUGGGUGAGCAGUGGGAGUAAAGUGUAUUGUGCAGGGACACAACAACAGAAUGUGUAUACACCCACAUGCCCAUGUGGCUACAAGGAAAAUGCUUCCUGACCGUGCACUGACUAAUAGCUUUACAGCAGCAGAUGAACUUGGCUGAAGCAUAUAUCCUAUUUAUCUUGUGUUCACAUUGGAAACACAAA